AUUAUAAUUAAUGGUUUUUACCUAUGGAUAAUUACACAACUUGUACAUACAUACAUAUAUAUAUAUGUAUAUGAGUGUGAAUACAUCAUAUAUUUAAUAUAACCUUAAGAAUGUAAUUUUAACAAAAUAUUUCUGUUAAAAGUAUAUCUUAUUUAUCGAAGAUAAACAUGGCCCAGAAUUCAUUGUCAGAGCAUUAUUCUUUAAGAUGGAACAAAUUUUGUAACACCAUAACAUCUGGCUUUUUAAAUCAUCUUACUGAAAAUGAUCUAGUUGAUGUCACACUUGCUGUGGAGGGUCAACUGUUACAAGCCCAUAAAUUGGUUCUCUCAGUUUGCAGUCCAUAUUUUAAAAACAUUUUUAAGGAAAAUCCCUGUCAACAUCCAGUAAUUAUUCUAAAAGAUAUGAAAUAUACUGAAAUUGAAUCAUUGUUGAAAUUUAUGUAUCAAGGUGAAAUGAAUGUUAAGCAGGAAGAUUUAUCUACCUUGUUGAAAGUAGCAGAAACAUUACAAAUAAAAGGACUCACACCAGAAAAUACAAAUAGCACAAAAUCAUUUUCUAAUUAUGAUGGUCAAUUAAAUGUUGAUUCUGAUACGCAAAAUAUUGCUCAGUCACAUUUGAAUAUAAUAAACAAAAAUUCCAAUAAUGUAGAAAUGAUAAAUAAGAGGAAAAAGUCUUGUGAUGUAAUAAAAAAAGGCACUAAGAAAAGAAAACAGGAUACAGAUACCGAUGAUACUGAUGAUUUAUCAGAUGAAAAUGUGGAUAAUGAUAAUCAACAAGUUCAGCAUUUAAUGAGUAAUGAUAUGAAUGAGUUUACAGAUGAAGAUGAAGAUACUAAUGUUCCUAGUAUAAAAGACAAUGAUAGUGAUGAAAAAGAUGAUUCAGCAGACCUAAUUAAUGCUCAGAGUUCAAGGGAAAAUACAACACAGCAAGAUGUUGAACCAGUAAUUUAUAGACUUUCUGCACGAGGUCGGCCGCAAUUAGUAUAUGAAGGCUAUGUUUAUAAUUUAACAUCUCGUUCUGAAGGCUUAAAUAGAUCUCACUAUAGAUGUGCAGAGCAACAUCGCGGAUGUAAAGGUAAAUGCGCAGUCAUUGCCGAAAGGUUUAUGCCUACAGGUGUACAUGAUCAUAAUCAUCCACCUGGUUAUCAAUCAGAACGUGAUUACAGAAAGAAAAAGGUUUAGACAUCGGUUUAGAUUACCCCUUAAAUUAUAAAUUAUGGACAAUAUUUUAUUAUAUUAUAGUUUCAUUUCAAAAAUUUUAGUAGUGAAAAUACUUCGAAUAUCAUUAUUAUGGUAUAUCAUAAACAACACGCAGUAUUUUUAAAGUGAAAAAAAUCUUAGCUUGCUAUGCAAUUUUUCAGUAAAUAUAAAAAUUAACUACAAUAUAAUAAGCAGUUGCUAAAAACGGAUGAUGUGCAUUACAAGAGAUCCAUAGUUGUGAUUACAAACAAUAAUUGUAUUUUAAUUAACUGUGAUGAGCUUUGAGAUUGAUAAAAAAAAAAUUAGAAAAAAGUGAUAAGCACAUUCCAUUUAGUAUUAUCUUUAAA